GGGUUCUAGCCUACUGGUGAAUUGCGCUUUAAGAUGCAAAAGUGUAAUCAUGUAGCAGCCUCGACAGGUUUGAUAGCCUACAUGCUAAACUACAGAUGCUGCGCUCGAGGGAACGACUAAUAUAAAAAGGUUAUGGAUUCAAACCUUCCUUGUUUUAUCCUCUUCAUCUUGGUUGGCUGUGUCAAAUGCUCUUCUGAAUACCACCCACACAACGGCACCCGCCACUAUGAUUACUGCGUGCUCGGAGCCGGGCCUGCAGGACUGCAGAUGGGAUAUUUCCUCUCCAAGGCUAAAAGAGACUACAUCAUCUUGGAGAGGAACUCAGGACCGGGCAGCUUCUUUAACAAGUAUCCCAGGCACAGGAAGCUCAUUAGUAUUAACAAGAUCCACACAGGAAGGCAGAACCGAGAAUUCAACUUGCGCCAUGAUUGGAACUCGCUGCUGAGCGACAAACCUGACCUGCUGCUCAAGAGAGUGAGCAGUGAGUUUUACCCGCCAGCUGAUGCCUUCCCGCUCUAUCUGUCCACGUUUGUGAAGGAGCUCGGGCUGAAGGUCCGGUAUGGUGUGGACAUCGGAAGGAUCAGGGCAGUGCAGUCAGCCACUGGCAGAAGAUACAUCCUGACUGAUCAACAUGUGUCGGACUACACAUGCAGCGUCCUUCUGGUAGCCACAGGUUUGUGGGUUCCUCACAAGGUAGAGUUUGUCGGUUCUGACCUGGUUGAAGGCUAUGAGUCCAUCUCCACUAAUCCUGAGGACUACAAGGACCAGUCCGUACUGAUUCUGGGCAAGGGCAACUCAGCUUUUGAAACAGCCCAGAGCAUCUUGGGAAGAGCAAGUCAUGUGCACAUGAUCAGUUCCAGCCCUGUUCGACUCGCUUGGCAAACACAUUAUGUUGGAGAUCUCAGAGCUGUGAAUAAUGAGCUCAUAGACACAUAUCAGCUGAAGUCCCUUGAUGGGUUGUUGGAGGCACACCUGGAUAAAAUAGUUAUCGCUCAACGAAAGGAGCAAGGCAGGACGAGGUUAGGUGAAAAGAAGAAAGAGAAGAAGGGACAGUUGUACGUGACUUUAAAGAAGUUCUUACAACAUCAGAAACCGAAGAACAGCUCUGAUGUGACAGGAGAAGAACUGCCAGGAUAUUACAUCGACAACUUCUCUUUGCGGAAGCCCUACGACCGGGUGAUUCGAUGCCUUGGAUUCCGAUUCAACUUCAGCGUAUUUGACAGCUCUGCCUGCCCACCGAAAAGUGACAAUGCCAAAGGGCGGUUACCGAAGGUGACAGCCUGGUAUGAAGGGAAGAACACUCCUGGCUUGUUUGUGCUGGGAACUGCUGCUCACUCCAGAGACUACCGCUCGUCUGCUGGCGGCUUUGUCCAUGGGUUCCGGUACACAGUGCGUGCUGUACAUCGUGUACUUGAACAACGUUACCAUAGUAACCCGUGGCCAUCGACAAAACUGUUGACAACGCAGCUGCAGUCCUGGAUUCUGAAGCGGGUCGGCGAGGCUUCUGGGCCAUACCAAAUGUUUGAGGUGCUUGGGGACGUUAUACUUCUCCGAGGCUCUCACUGUGAAUAUGUGGAAGAGUUUACACUCCAGGCUUUGCCUCAGUUCUCCAAUCUCUCGGGCCACGAGGUCUCAGACCAUGGACUGAUCGUUCUAGUCAUGCAGUACGGGAAGAAGAAGAUAGAUUAUCUGGGGCCGGAAAGGACUGAAGGAGACUGGACCAAAGCAUGGAAAUCCAACUUUCUGCACCCUGUUUUAUACUACUAUGACACACUUCCUACUGAGGAAGAAAUGAAGCUCCGUCCCUCUGGCUGGGCUUUACCGAGGCCCAAGGCAAUUCAUCACAUGGUCGAGGACUUCCUCGCUGAAUGGGAUAGUCCCAUAUCUCACAUCCAGCCUUUGCGGCGCUUCUUGGAGCACUGUGUCCAGACUGACCUCAGGGCCUUCUAUGCGGAAUCAUGUUUCCGCUCAGCCCUUACCCACCGAAAGCCGCCGCUGUUUUGUCAGCAAGGAUACUUGAAGCGUCGGGGUGUCGCUCACAGCAAACAGCCGUGGCAGCACAUUCAUGACGCUGGAGUGAUGCCUACUGAGCAAGAUGCAGGCACAUCCGUGGCUGACCCCGCAUUCCCCAACUGCCUGGCACAAGCUGGAGCCUCCAAGUCCUCAGGACUGAAACUUGACUCCUGAUUGUUCUUCUCAAGCGUUUUAAAGCCAUGCCUAUGAUGCUGUUUAGGUUCCUCAAACUUGCUACCUCCUGCACCCAUAAUUCCCUCCUCAAAACCAAAUAUUUUGACAGAAUACUAUAACCUAAAAGUAAGACAAUUUCUUCUUACAAACCCUCGUCACCAGAUGUGAAUGUCUAAUGGUACGUGUCCACAGUGGCGUUUUUUGACUGUAGGGAUCGCCCCCGCUUUCCAGGAUGGGCUCUUGAUGGGCUUGCGACGGGCUGUUAUCAAUUUCUCUUCAAUGACGAGCAAAGAAAACAACCAACGACAACCACAAUGGCUGAACCUGAUUGGAUGAUUGCUUUACUCGUGGGCUGUCUGUUCCCGAAAUCCUCAAAACAGACCAACAUGGCGGCUCGUUUGGAAACUUUGCUUAUUUUGCGAAAAUAGUUCAUCAAAAUGUGUUUCUGAAAACAUUUUAUGCGAGAAAGCUGCAGUUGAUGAAUAAGUCUUCAUUUUAGACGGUGACUUUAAAAAUAAUUCUGAGUUUUUGAGAGGCGAGAGUCAAGCUGGAUGCCCCUGAUUGGCAUAAAGUUGCCUGGACCUUAACUUUAUGCUAAUGAGCAUGAAACACUACCAGAAUUCAUUGCACGGCUGCUUACACAGACAAUGAAUGGCACAACCAAAGAGUUAUUUUCCUUUCUUUAUUUUGAUAAUGUUUAAAUGUCCAAAGAAGUAAAAUUAUCCAGUAAUUCACAAGAAAUAAUCAAAGAUUAUUGGAAAGUCUAAAAAAAAGAAAAAAAGAAGCAUAACUUUGUCUAUUUCCUCCUUUUUAGUAAUUAUAUCGCAGCCCCUCUAGCUUCAUCAUCAUCCUGCAACCUCCUGGGGACCCACUGUUUAUCAUUGGAGAGGCACUUUGUCCUUUGAAUGUUCCUUGAAUGUCAUUCCUCACAAAAUAUGUCUAUACAUUAUAAUAUGUCAUUUUUAUAUCAUGGAAAUCUAGAAUAUAUGAAGCUGUAUAGGUGGUGGGUGGGUGUGUCAAAAAUGAUUAUGCAUUUUACACGAUGUUACGUGAUGAAACAUACAUUAAAGAGGAAAUUCAGCCUGUUUUUUAA